GUUUCACGGCAAAUAGUGCUACAUGCGGUUUGUAACGCGCGUUUUACUCUUAUGAUAUGAAAUUGAAACGCUCGACGUUGGAAAUGCACAUCAAGAGUUUUCUGUAGGAACUUCAGGGAGUCAUUAUGUUGUUUUUGGGGUCAUUUUUAGAUCUCUAAUUGUGAUUUAAUUCAGCGUCGGCUGUUAUUGGACACUAGUAUAAAGAUUGUAUGUGUUAAAUUGCAAAAGCCGUACACAUCUGAUGCCUUAUUUUCUAUUUUACAGAUUAUUUGUAAUUCAUUUCUUGAAAUGUGGAUUUUGCAUCUACAUAGUGUGAUGGGUUGUGUAAUGCAGUACAGUCCAGAUUUGCAAUUAUUUUAUUAUUUGCAGACUUAACGUCACACAUGAACACUGUUGGUGCCGGUGAAUGACCGACUGUCUGUCUUCUGGAUGCAGAUCUCGCACAUCAUGAAUGCUUCAGGUUUGGAUUUUCAAACCCUGUUCAGUCUGUUAAAUGCAGGAGCUUCUCCCAGUGUGAGCAGUGAAGACCUCGCCAGCAGGAUUUCAUCUCAUCUCAGUCCUCAAACAGCCGGAUCUGUCACAGAUACAGAAGCGAUUUGCUUGUGUCUGACUCUUUCUGAAAGAAUCACUGCCAGACUGUCAUCACAGAGUCUGCCACAAGAUGUCAGCGUAUACUAUGAAGCCGUUAUGGGAAGUCUGUGUGAAAUCAAUCUAAUGGAAAAGCUGAUCUCCUUCCUCGACUGUCAGGACCAACUGGUGUCACAUUUAUCUGCCAAGUGUAUGUCAACCUAUGUGAUCAGUGACGUUUGCAUGACUGGAAGCAUCUGCUCACUUUGGAGACACAAAUGUGCUGACGUGUUUCACCGAUCAGAUCCCGGUAAUGAACUGGAUUCAUGUCUGUGGUCUGUCACUGCUGUGAUUAAAGGACUGCUGAGAGGAAAGAAAAACGAUGUUUUGAUGAAGCUUGUCGCCGCAUUAGAUGCAUCUCUCUCUUGCUUAUACACCAGGGUCCUUUCUCAAGCCUCAAUGAAACCUCACGAAGCAGAAAUGACGAAGCUCAACAGAACCAUGUGUGCUUUCUUUGACCUCCUUGAAGUCCUGAGCGCCGUUCGGAUGAGAUGCGGGAUCUGUUCGUCUGUUCAGAGAACAGUUUUUGUCGAGUCUCGGGCGCUCCUGGAUGUUGUGAGGUGUGAUGCGGAGUAUUUCGUGAAGAAGCGAGCGUUACUUCUUCUGAAGAGAACUCUUGUGCGGCGAGCCGGAGAGGACUGGGCGUUGGGUGACGUGCAGUGUGUGUCACGUGAGAAUGAAGGGCUGAAUGAAGACCUGGGGGUUAUGGCGGAUGUUGUGUUACAGGAAGUGAAGGCCGGUUGGCUUCAGGACGUCCCUGUGAAGGAUCAGCCCAGUUUUUUUGGCGGGAACUGUGACGUGGGAGACAGUGGAAUGCGGAAAGAUGGCGUGAUGCUCAGAGCCUUGAGCUUGAUUCUGCUGAAGUCACUAGAAAUAAACAUUCAGUCACCUGGUGAGAGAGAGAACAUCGAUGUCCAGCUGUAUUUAUCAGAGCUGAUGUCGUUUCUGCGGCGUCACGGGUCUCUGAUGUCACCGGACACUCACAGCUGCACAUGGGUGACUUCUGUGUUUGCUGAACAAGAUGAUGAUGUGAUCGAAUCCUCCAAAGCUCUGAUUCUCCUGUACUUACAUCACAAACGUCUGAGUUCCUCGGUUCCUGUUUGCCCUUGGGGAUGUAACCCCCACUGUCAUUUCAUCAGCUUUCUUUGCUCCAUCUCCUUCGACCACACCGUGCUGCUCGACUUUCUCAUCUCCACGGAAACCUGUUUUCUGGAGUACUGCGUCCGCUACCUGAAGCUCCUCCGUGACGACUGGACGGGGUUUUGCAUCUCUUGUCAGGUUGAAGAUGGGAACGCUUCCUCCUCGGAUACAUCUGAAACAGCUCAGACGGACGUAUCUGCCUUCUCAAGACCUUCAACAGGAAGUGAUGUGACAGCUAGCCCAGUUCUACGAUUGGUCGAUUAUGGAAGUUCAGAAGAAUCUGAGGAGGAAGAGAGCGGUUUUGACCAUCACACGAACAGAAACGUCAGGAAUAGCCAGGGAGAUUUUGGUAGGACAGAAGUGGAAAGCACAGAUGUGUCUGAAUGUCUGUUUUAUAAAGUUCUUGUGUGUCUUGAGGAGCUGAAGAUGGCAAUAACUCGAUUGCACAACAGGGGUUUAUUUCCAUACAACCCUGCCUCGCUGUUAAAACUCUUAAACAAUGUAGAGGUGAAGAAGAGCCUGGUUGGUUAGCUUAGACUGGCUUCCCCAAACAUUAAAAGAUCACACAAUGCCCAAACAUGAAUAUUAAUGUGACACGUUCGCUACCCCAUAACUUAAUGUUGUUGUAUUAUUUUGCUAUUAAAAUGAAUCUGCAAAAAUCA